AUGAACCGCGCCCUGCUCGUCUGCGUCUCUGUCGUUCUCACGCUCUCUACGCAAGUGUCUGCGUUCCUGCCACUCAGCCCUCACGAGCUCGACAUGAUACAAAAAGAUGCCAAAGUCAUUUUCGUCAAAAAAAUUUCAACUCAUCUGAAUAUUCCAGGUUUCCUCCGUCGAUUCGGCUUCAGCGAUGUACCGAACCAAUCGGGCCCAGCUCUGCCCAUACCGGAUCACGUAUGGGAUAUCUACGAGAAAGCAAAAGAGGAUGAAAAUAUAGACUGGAUACGACAUUACUAUCCAAAAGUGAUUACGAACGCGGCCCAUGAAGAGGUUACACGAGCAGACCUGAAGAUUCGAGUGCACUCCGCUAAGCGGCAUUCCUCUCAAAUAAACGUCUAUGAGCUCGACGAGAAGCAUCCAGAGAUACGAAAGGUUAGUCGACCACGCAGCUGGGGUCGUCCGCUCCUUCAUGCAACACGAACAAAGUCCGAGCCGGUCGUCGCUCUCAAUGCAACACGACAAAGUCAGUGGUUUGACUUUGAUGUCACGUCGGCCUUCCACUCACCACGUAGCGACCACGAUACGGUUGUCUUCCUUAUUGAACAUCCGGGCGUGGACGUCUACACGUCUGAACCACAUUCCAUGUCUGCGGUUCCUUUCACCCGACAUCAAAGUUUUCCUCUCAUUGUCUACAGCGCCCUGAAGGAGCCGUCGCGAGUGCGGCGAAAACGCGCCGCAGCACCGCCGCGACGCGAUCGAAAAAAGCAGCGCAAGCAGCAUCAUCGUAACGCGACCGAUAGUGGUAUUUGCCAGAAAAAGGCGCUCUAUGUGGAUUUCGAGGAAAUCGGUUGGCAGGAAUGGAUCUUGGCACCGAGAAAUAUUCUUUUCAUUUUCCCAGAAAGCUACGAAGCUGGCCAGUGUGUCGGUGUAUGUCCACAUCCGUUGCCGUCGCAUCUGAAUGCUACAAAUCAUGCCAUUGUGCAGUCAUUAACAAACUCAUUGAAUCCACAGAUUCCACCACCGUGUUGUGUACCAACCGAAACAACACAUCUUUCAAUACUAUUUUUGGAUGUUGAUAAUAAGUGGAAUUAUCAUCAAGAAUUAUCCAGAUAUGCGGGUCGAAGCUUGCGGGUGUCGCUAAGGCUUGUCCACGUCGUUCGGCACAUUCAACAGUGUCGCUCUGGCGUCUCUCACGGUUACGUACGUCCCUAA